AUGUUUCUGGAGGCGGGCAGAGGGAAAAACGUGCCCCCGGGGCGGGCCCGUGGGUCUGACUGUGUGGCUCCGAUGGAGCCCCCUCUGCGCCAGAGGACCCCGCCGGCGCCGAGAGUAGCGGACUUGGCGGCGGCUCAGGCCGGGCCGCUGCGCACCGCGACGGGCUUCCCGGCGCCGGCCCGCCCGCGCGCCCACGCUCGGCGCCGCCCUCGAGCCCCGGCCGCCGACCCCGGCGCGGCCGCCGCUCCGCCGGGACCCGAGCGCACGGCCCGGGCGCGCGGGCCCCCCGCCCCGGCGCGCGCGGCGCGGCCCGAGGCCCCGGCGGCCGCGCACCCCGGCGCGGGGACGCACCCCGGCGGCGGGGGCAGGCGCGGCGCGCGGCCCGCGGCGCCCCCGCCCCCGGCCCCUCCCCCUCCGCCCUCCCCUUCCCCCCCGCCCCCCACCCCGCCUCCGCCUGCCCGCGCGGGCUGCGGCACCACCAACAGUGGCGGCGGCGGCAGCAGCGGCAAAGGCCGCAGCAGGGACGUCGUCCUCCGGAGGGACCUGCCCGCCGCGGCCCCCGCGGCGGCCAUGCACGGGGCCCCGCUCGCAGGGGAGCAGCGGCCGGGCGCCGGCUCCCCGCGGCCGCCGGCCCCGCCUCCCCCCGCGGCCGGCGUGUUCAUCGCGGCCAGCGGCGCCUACGCGGGCCCGGACGGCAGCGGCGGCGCGGCCCCGGCGCUCUUCCCCGCGCCGCGCGACGCGCCGGGGGCGCCCGGGGGCCCCCCGCUCGCGCUCAACGGCCAGAUGCGCCUGGGGCUGGCGGCGGCCGCGGCCGCGGCGGCGGCCGAGCUGUACGGCCGCGCCGAGCCGCCCUUCGCGCCGCGCUCCGGGGACGCGCACUACGGCGCGGUGGCCGCCGCGGCCGCGGCCGCCCUGCACGGCUACGGCGCCGUGAACUUCAACCUGAACCUGGCGGCGGCCGCGGCCGCGGCGGCCGGGCCCGGGCCCCACCUGCAGCCGCAGCACCACGCGCCGCCCCCGGCGCCGCCGCCGGCGCCCGCGCCCGCGCCGCGCCCGCACCCGCGCCCGCACCCGCGCCCCCCCCACCUCGCGGGCGCCGCCGGGGCCUUCCUGCGCUACAUGCGGCAGCCAAUCAAGCAGGAGCUCAUCUGCAAGUGGAGCGACCCCGACGCGCCGGCCGGCGGCGCGCAGCCCUGCUCCAAAACUUUCGGCACCAUGCACGAGCUGGUGAGCCACGUCACGGUGGAGCACGUGGGCGGCCCCGAGCAGAGCAGCCACGUCUGCGUCUGGCAGGACUGUCCGCGCGAGGGCAAGCCCUUCAAGGCCAAGUACAAGCUCAUCAACCACAUCCGCGUGCACACCGGCGAGAAGCCCUUCCCCUGCCCCUUCCCGGGCUGCGGCAAGGUCUUCGCGCGCUCCGAGAACCUCAAGAUCCACAAGCGCACUCAUACAGGGGAAAAGCCUUUCAAAUGUGAAUUUGACGGCUGUGACCGGAAGUUUGCCAACAGCAGUGAUCGAAAGAAACAUUCCCACGUCCACACCAGCGACAAGCCCUACUACUGCAAGAUUCGAGGCUGUGACAAGUCCUACACGCACCCCAGCUCCCUGAGGAAGCACAUGAAGAUUCACUGCAAGUCCCCACCACCCUCGCCGGGAGCCCUGGGCUACUCCUCAGUGGGGACUCCAGUGGGUGCCCCCCUGUCGCCUGGUCUGGACCCAAACAGGAGUCGCUCCAGCACCCUGUCCCCUCAGGUGACCAACCUCAAUGAAUGGUACGUUUGCCAGGCCAGUGGCGCCCCCAGCCACCUGCACACACCCUCCAGCAACGGGACCACGUCUGAGUCGGAAGAGGAGGAGAUGUACGGGAGCUCGGAAGUUGCGCGGACGAUACAUUAGAAUGUAUUAGUAAUAAUAAUAACACGCGGGAGUCCUUGGACCAUAUCCUAACCUGAGACAAUGCCGAGCCUGAGACAAACCCCUGACUCAGACUUGCCACCGGGUCUAAUUAGCCCUAUUUAUUCAGUAUGAAACCCUAUGGUGUUUGUACAUUUAAUUAAUUUAAUUAAGAUAUUUGGGCUUUUUUUUUUUUUUUUUUUUCCUUAGAGAACAAACAACAACAACAAAAACAACCACCAGGCUGGACUUGUACCUUGCAGGGGGCUGGACUGGGAGCAGAUUGUACCAAGGAAAAUGGAGCGAUUAGUUAAUCGAGAUACACACUGCCACGCUCUAUCUCUACAUAUGUAUAUGUCUUUUUCAAGGGGGAGAGAGAGCAUUAUGUGAGAACUCAAGACCGCAGCCAGGCCCUCUGUAUUUCCUGGAGUGCCUCUCGAAUGCCUUUGACACCAUGAUGGGCUUCUUGGGAGCCUUUUUUGCCUCCUCCUUGGGCCCUAAUUCUGCAAAGGCCUCUUGAUUGUAAACCACACACUUGCUGCAUUUGCCAACAGACUUUGGACUGUACCUAUGUCCAAAAAUAUUUGUACAAGCCUUUUGAGUCCUAAUGCUUAAACAUUUUAAUUUCCACUCUUUUAUUACUGAUCUCACCGUAACACACUAUUUUUAUACAGGAUUAUUUCUCCAGUACCCUGCUUACGUGGUUUUAAAAAAAAAAAAAAAAGAUGCAGCAACCUUAAUACCUCUCCAUAUACUGUGCUACUGUGAUUGUCCAAGCGAAAGUGGAGAGAGAGAAAAGCUGCUGCAACACACAACUGUGAAACUGAUAUUUUAUAAAACGGAAGUUCAAGUGCUUUCUUUUUCUGAGGUUUUUUGUGUUUUUUUUUUUAAUCUGAAAUCUCAGACGCUGCCUCUUUACUGUGUCUAAACUCGUGUAAUAAAGAGAUGACGUUUUAGAUCCUAAGUUCUUUGGGAAGCCAAAAUGAACAGGCAAGUCUAAGGAGGUGUGAUGUUGGCAUCAUGACUAUUUUUUGGGAAAGCUGGUUUUCACACAGGCCAGCCCCUCUUUUACACUGUUGGACCAACCUUUCCAAAAGUCUUUAUUUUUCCAAUGCCUGAAACUGCAUCUUCAUGCAUUUUCUUCCACCUGAGCACCAAGCACACAGAGCUCGAUCAUCAUUUGAAAAUGACAGUGUGUGAAGUGUAUGAUUUACAUUAAAAGAGGGGAGGGAGUUGCUAUACAUAUUAAAAUUUUCAAAAGGUUUAGAGUUACUACCAAACAAUGAUGAAUGUGUGACCUUUGCCAGAGCUGUCAAGCUAGGAUAAAAAAGGUCAAGGACCUAGGACAAUAACUCUUAGUCAAUUUAUUUUCCGUUGGUACAACACAUCUCGUGGGCAAAAUGUGGUCCAUCAUAAACAUCACACAGAUACACUCAAGAGCACUAAUUUAUCCUCAGAGACCCUCAAGACACCCCCCUCCCCAGGGUUUGUAGAAAUUUGUUUUGUGUGCUGUGAGUGGUUGAUGUAGUCUUGUCAUUGUUAAUAACUUGUAUGUGAACACUAUUAUUUGUACAGUUGAAUUAAUUUAUUUUCAGAUAUCAUCUGUUUUUUUUGUUUUUUGCUUCUGGAAGAGUUCAAAGACACCAAAGAAUUAUAAUUAUACCUUUUGGUGAGAGAUUGUUUAUGAUCCAUGGUUUAUUUAAGAAGAAGGAAAAAAAAAAAGGAAAAAAUGGGAAAAUAUAUUUUUAAGCUUACUUGAACGAACAACGUAAUGUGAAAAUCAGGGCUCUUCCUGCAUGUGUUUUUUGCAUUGUGUUGACGAGAUUAUACAUAGUUUAUAGAUAUAUUAUAGUACAGUGCAUGGUGCUGUCACUUUGAAAGCCUUUCAAUGUUGUCUUCAGAUUGUUACAGUGAAUUUGAAACACGCAGACCCUCCUUUAUAAAGAAGAGACCGUAAAACUUGAAUAUAAAAUAAUUCUACACUUUUUAAAGUUUAUUUGAUUUUCCUGAUUCACUUUCAAAGCUCUUACAAAUAGACAAGAGAAGGUAUGAACGGGGGGUGGGAGGGGAUAAUUUAUGUAUCGUGAACGUAUUCGAGCAAGAUAUUCCUGAUUUAUAAUGAGUUGUUUUAUUUAUACAACUUUUUCGCUGGUAGUUUGCACUAUUCUUUAUUAUGCUACAGGUUUAUUUAUUAUGAAACAAAGGAAUAUGUAUUUUAUGUAUUUUGCCAUGCAUAGGUUAACUCUUCGCCACAGAUUUAUGGGUUCCUGAUACACCUAAAAUAAAACUUCAAAUGUGUACCUCCAAUAGAGACCAAGCAAGAAUGAUUAUGAAGUAAAACAUUUAAUAAAGGUAUUCUUCCUAUGGGUUGCUUAUGCUUUACAUGGUGGCCUGUUUCUGCCGUUCCCUUACAAAAGAAACAGGUGGCUAAUG